GCAAAAAUUGCAGGAAUUAUAUUUUAAUUCAUACAAUUUCCUUGGAUCUCUGAGGAUUUCAAUCAAAUCACGGGAAAGCAGACACGGAUAAAGGUGAAAUUGGAACUUGAAGGGAAAGAAAUGGGCGGAGGACGGCAGCUCGUGAAGAGAAUUCCACGAAUUAAAUUCCCACAACGACAUGCAACAUCUACAUCAACAGCAUCAGCCGAUGAAGACAUUCGUCAGAUAUCAAUGUCCAAGUCAACAGAUGUUCCGGCUCCGCCUUUUAACACUGCUGUGGGAGGCAAAGCUUCUCUUCAGCCCAAGCGCACGCCUGUCUCUGACAGAGAAAUAGAGGCUAUUCUGCUGGGCGGGUGCUUUUGAUUUCUGCAACCAACAACCUUUACGAUGGGGUGUUGCUAAUAAAAGUCAAGUGUGUGUUUUCUGAUCCUUUCAUUUUCUGUAUGAAUUGUUAAUAUUCUCCGUUUUUUGCUUUUGUGCUGUAUCUAUAAAGAUGUAAUGGAAUGGAAGAACGAGAGAACCUUGGAGAUAAUAUUUACUCUCAACUAUGAUGCCUAAGAAUUCCAAAGCUA